AUGCGCUUCUUUGCCAAGGCCCUCGGUCUCGUGUCUCUGGCACUGUCGAUCGCAAAUGCUUCUCCCCUUCAAAAGCGCGAUUUCGGCCCGGUCACCGUCUACACGCCUGGUAGCAACUACACUAGCGACCGUUCGCUUUACGGCAGAUCCCUCAUGCUCACCGUCAAUGAUAACUCCGGAACUCUCCUGACUACUUGGGAGAACUACUCUGGAGGCAAGACCUGGUUCCCUAUCUACCGAUCCACCGACCACGGUUUCACCUGGUCGCCCUUCUCGACCGUUACGGAUCAGGUCAACGGCUGGGGUCUUCGAUACCAGCCAUUCCUCUACGAGCUCAAGCAGAGCUUCGCAGGCUACCCCGCCGGAUCCAUCCUCCUUGCCGGCAACUCCAUCCCCGCCGACCUCUCCAAGACUCAGCUUGAUCUGUACAUCAGCACUGACAAAGGAAAGACCUGGAAGUUCCUGUCGCACAUUGCUGCCGGUGGCGUCGCUCUGCCCAACAAUGGCGAGACCCCAGUGUGGGAGCCUUUCCUUCUCGUGAACAACGGCCAGCUGAUCUGCUACUACUCCGACCAGCGCGACCCCAAGUACGGUCAGAAGCUCGUCCACCAGACCACCACGGAUCUCAAGAACUGGGGCCCUAUCGUCAACGACGUCCUUGCACCUGCUUACGCUUCUCGCCCCGGUAUGCCCGUCGUCGACAAGAUGGGCAACGGCAACUACAUCAUGACCUACGAAUACGGCGGAGCGCCCGAGGGCGACUUCUCCGUCUACUACAAGAUCUCCAACGACCCCUUCAGCUGGGCCGACAAGCCAAUCCAGGUGCUCAAGGCCAACGACGGCACCGUCCCGCGCGGUAGCCCUUACGUCAUGUGGACUCCGAUUGGCUCCAGCUCUGGAGCCACCGCCAACGGCACCGUGGUCGUCAGCGCCAACUCCGAAACCGACCUCUUCAUCAACCGUGCAAACGGCGCUCCCAAUGCUUGGAAGCGUCUCUCCGUGCCUAAUGCGCCUGCCGCCUACUCUCGCUCCGUCACGAAGGGCUUCAACCCCAAGGACAUUGUCAUCGUUGGCGGAGGUCUGCUCGGUCAGGGCUCAACCAACCGCGUGACCUUCAGCGCCCGCGACGUCAAUGGUUGCAGCACAUGCUAA